CCGCCCCCACAUCUGGCCACGCCCCAAAGCCGGGUUCUGGUGGCUGUGUCGUUCCACUUCCUCGCUACACGAGCGCACGUGGGGUCUUGGGCAGCGCAUUCGUCCGCGGAGUGGCCGUGGAGUGCAAAUACACUGAUACCCUGUUCUCCAGCCUGGGAUGAAUCGCUUUCUGCUGCCGGUGUCCGUAGUGGGCACGGUAAUCGGCGGCACCGUGCUGCUCAAGGACUAUGUCGCUGGUGGGGCUUGUCCCAGCAAGGCCACCAUACCUGGGAGGACUGUUAUCGUGACAGGAGCCAACACAGGCAUCGGGAAACAAACUGCUUUGGAGCUGGCUAAAAGAGGAGGCAACAUCAUUCUGGCCUGCCGUGACAGGGAGAAGUGUGAGGCAGCUGCAAAGGACAUUCGAGGAGAGACCUUGAAUCCCCGUGUGCGUGCCGAGCACCUAGACUUGGCUUCCCUCAAGUCCAUUCGAGAGUUUGCAGGGAAGAUCAUUAAAGAGGCUGGACGUUCAAGGCACUGGCAGAUCCUGCGUCUGGUGAGACCCCACUUCUGGUUCAUCAUGGCUGUGUCAGUUGUGGAAGGGAAAGGGAAAGGAGCCUCUUUUGUGAGUGUAAAUCUAAUUCUGAGGUUCUGUCCUUAUAACCUAAUACUUAACAGAGAACCAGGAUCCAGAUCUCUUCUAUGUAUGUGUGUAUGUAUGCAUGUGUGUAUGUGUGUGUGUAUGAGUUUUGUAUGUAUAUUUAAAGAUAUGUAUGUAUAGGUGUAUGUAUUUAUGUAUGCAUAUAUAAAAUGUAUGUAUGUAUAUGAAUGUAUAUGUGUGUAUGUGUGUAUCUACACACACACACACACACACACACACACACACACACACACACACACACACACACAUUCUAUAAGGGAUUGGCUCACACAGCUGUAGAGCUGACAAGACCCAGAGUGCAGUUGACAACAUGGAGACCCAGGGCAUCCAGUGCUUGUAGUUCCUGUCCAGACGUGGCAGGCUCCAGACUGGUUUGGGUUUGAAGUCAGAAGAGAGUUGAUGUUCAAGCUCAAAGGUCUAUGAGGGGGGAAGAGUUCUCUCUGCUCUGCAGAGGGUCACUUUUGUUGUGGUCGGGGCUUCUGAAGAUUGGAUGAGGCUCACUCACAUUAGGGAGGGCUGGCUGCUUCACAGUUUGUUGAUGUAAAUAUUAAUAUCAUUCAAAACAUAAUUUGGUAAAUUUGACCAAAUAUCUGGGCAUCUUGUGGCCCAGCUAUGUAGACAUCUAUAAUGUUCCAUCCCAUCCACUCUUACCACAUUUAUUUUAUAUGUAUAUGUAUGUAUAUGUGUAAACUUAAAAAUAUAUAAAUUUUUAUGUAUAAAUUGUUGUGUAUGUAUAUAUGCGUGCAUUUAUAUAUAUGUAUACAUUUAGUGUGUGUGUGUGUGUGUGUUUGUGGGCACACAGGCAUGCCAUUGCUCACAUGUGGGAGUCAGGGCAGGCUGCAGGAGUCAGUUCUAAUUUACUUUUAUGUGGAUCCCAGACAUUAAAUUUAGGUCAUCAGGCUUGGUACUAUAAACCUUUACUCACCGGGCCCCAAGCCGUACUAUCUUUUUUUUCUUUGAGAUUAAAAAACCCCUUACUUUGUAGCCCUCACAUAGAUCUACCUUAAGUGCUGAGAUUAAAGGCAUGGUAUAUACCGUUACACCUCCCCUCACCACUUUAAAAAAAAUUAAAAGAUUAAAUUAUUUAUUUAUUUAUUUAUUUAUUUAUUUAUUUGAGACUGGGUUUUACUGUGCAGCUCUGUCUGGCCUGGAACUCUCUGUGUAGAUGGGUUGGCCUAGAACUCACAGAGAUCCACCUGCCCCUGUCUCUUGGGUGCCAGGAUUAAAGCCAUACACCACCACACUUGGCCCUUUCCCCAUCUUAACUCAUUAAGUUACACACAACAGCUCCCUGGGUCAGGAGUUCAAUAUGCUUCUUUAAAAGUUUUUUUCUUUUUUUUUCUUUUUCUCUUGAGACAGGAUCUUAUGCAUUGUCUAAGCUGAAACUCAAAAUCCUCCUGCCACAGAUUCCUCAGAGCUGAGGUUACAAGUGUGGGCUAGCAUGCCAACUAACAGCUUCUUGUUACUUUUUCCCCCCCAUGUUAGGAAUAGAACCUAGGACCUUGUGGAUGCCAGGUUAAAGGUUGCUGCUGAACCUCACCCUCAGCCCUUUACUGGUUGAUUCUAGGCAGACACCCUCCAUUAAGCCACGCCCCCAGCCUGUCAUUUCUGGGAUUUUAGGCACGUGCUCCACCACUGGGCCACGCCCCCAGUCCCACUUAGGGAGAUUUUAGGCAAGUGUUCUACUGCUGUGUCUGGCUCCCACCCCCUCAAGGGGAGACUCUAGGCAGAUGCCUUACUCCUGAGCUCCAUUCUCACUUAGUCCCGUGGCAUCUUUCUGGGAGUUCAUCUCAGAGUAGAUCCUGACUGUUCAGAAUGAUGGAUGGACCAAGUGGUGGGGAUGUGUUCCAGUGAUUCAAGACACAGCAUCCACAGCGUGGUUGGGAGACGGGAGUCAAAUGGAGGGCCAAGAGUCGGAUCUGGGGAGUGGGGCAAAGUGCUGCUGUAUAGCACUUUGCAGGGCAAGCAGCUGGCGCUUAUUUCAGAAUCACGUGUGAGGUUGGAGGGUAUGGAGAAGGGCAGGGCCCCGACUCAUCACUGCUCCCAGGCUUUCUGGUGAUGCUGAGGACAGUGAUGAGUCAGAAGGGCCCUGUGGUGUCAGGUCACAGGAUCCGCGUGCUGCUGGAGGGCAGUACCUGGAGCUUUCUUGUGAGAGCCCUUGGGUAAUCCCAGGGCUCAUCUGGCAAAUUCUGUAUUUCUGUCACAACGAGGGGUGACUCACCCUUUUGUUUCUUUUCAGGUGAUGUCAAAACUGUCACGUGUUAGUGUUUUAAAAAGGACCAUAGCUCCGUCUUGAAGCAACAGUCAGGAAGUGCAAAGUGUGCUCAGCAUGCCAGCUUCCUUAUUUUAAUGUAUUUAUUAAAAAGAAUUUAUGUGUGGUGGGCAGUGGUGGUGCACGCCUUUAAUCCCCCUGCACCUGGGAGGCAGAGGCAGGGGGAUCUCUUUAAGUUUUAAGUUUGGGGCCAACCUGGUCUACAAUGUUAGUUCUAGGACACCCAAGGCUACAGAGAGAAACCCCGUCUUGAAAAAAACAAACAAAAAAAAAUAGCAAAAGAUUA